CUGGCCACGUGGCCCGCUCCCGGUCCAGUCUCCACGAACACCGGAACCGAGCGAAUCCUCCUCUUCCUUCUCCUCUUUCUCCCCCCUCGCGCGCCGGGAUUCUCCUCCCUCCCACCCACGGCGCCGCAAAAAUGGCCUCGCGCGGAGGAGCCGGCGGCGAGGCGGCGGGGGCGGAGGCGGCGAGGAGGGGCGUAGGCGUCGGCGUUGGGGGAGGGAGAGGGAUGCGGCUGUUCUCGCCGGAGUACUACGCCCUGUGCUUCGGCGGCGGGAUGCUGGCGGCCGGCGCAACCCACCUCGCCAUCACCCCGCUCGACGUCCUCAAGGUCAACAUGCAGGUGAAUCCAGUUAAGUAUAACACUAUAUGUUCAGGACUGAGUUCUCUUGUAAGAGAAGAGGGUGCUUCGUCGCUUUGGAGAGGCUGGGGAGGGAAGCUAUUCGGCUACGGCGCGCAGGGUGGCUGCAAGUUUGGCCUCUACGAGUUUUUCAAGAAGCAGUAUUCUGAUGCGCUGGUGGACAGCAACAGGAGCACAGUUUACUUUCUUAGCAGCGCCUCUGCUCAGAUCAUAGCUGAUGUUGCCCUCUGCCCCUUUGAAUCGGUGAAAGUCCGUGUGCAGACACAGCCCAUGUUUGCAAAAGGUUUGGUCGAUGGCUUUCCAAGGGUGUAUGCCGCUGAAGGCUUGUCUGGAUUUUACAGGGGGCUUUUACCGCUUUGGGGACGAAAUCUUCCAUUUUCUAUGAUAAUGUUUUCGUCAUUUGAGCAUACCGUGGGCUUCCUAUACCAGAAAGUCAUUCAAAAGAAGAAACAGGAUUGUUCAACAGCACAGCAGCUUGGCGCUACAUGCCUGGCUGGAUAUAUUUCUGGUGCUGUUGGUACUGUUGUUUCAAAUCCUGCAGAUAACAUCGUUUCUUCUCUGUACAACAAAAAGGCUAAAAACAUUAUACAUGCUAUAAAAAGCAUUGGACUGCGUGGGCUGUUCACAAGAAGCCUGCCCAUUUGAAUUACCCUUGUAGGGCCUGUCGUGACCAUGCAAUGGUUCUUCUACGAUACCAUUAAGAUAUUUACUGGAUUGCCACCCAGUGGAGGGCUUCCUCGUGAUCUGGAAAAAGUUGACAGAUAAUGUGACCUGUUCUACAGAAGUCUAUCGAUACAUUUUUUGGUUUCUCAGAGGCACUCGGAAGUAUUUUACCCACAGUUCUGAGUUCUUGAUGAUCAUGACGAGUUUGAGUGAUUUGUAGUUGUAGGGAACAGUAGCUAACUGAACCAUAUGAAGGAUUUGUAUGUUCUAGAUGCAUCUUAGACAACCAUAAGUCCAUGAACUUCAGCACCCCUUUGGCACCUAUGUUACAGCCUGGUGUGUUUUCAGGAUGCUUUGUAGUAUUCCCAUGUCGAAGUUUGUUGUGUGAGAAAAUGUCAUUUUGCCGUGCAUGCAAACGAUCGGCUAUAGAUCCAUUGUAAAUAAUGUUGCAGAGGAUGAAAACUGGAAUCAUAAUAUUAUGUGUGAUGUUACU